AUGCCGGGCGGGCGGCGGCUGCUGGCCGCGGCGGCCGCGGGCCUCGGGGUGCAGGGCGCGGCGGGCGCGACCUUGGCGCCGUGGCUGGCCAAGUUCGUGGUGCGGGGCCUCGAAGGCGGGGAGUCCGGCAACUUCACCGUGCGCGUGAACCCUCGCUGGGCGCCCGUCGGGGCGAGGCGCUUUCGCAGGCUGGUGGACGAGCGCUUCUACUCCGGCGCCCGCUUCUUCCGCGUUGUCAGGGGCUUCGUGGCGCAGUUCGGGGUCCACGGCGACCCGGCCGUCUCCGCCCGGUGGCGGCGCAGGCCCAUCGCGGACGACCUCCCGAAGAUGACGAACCGCGCGGGGCGCGUCAGCUUCGCCGCGGCGGGGCCCGACACCCGCAGCACGCAGCUGUUCAUCAACCUGGGCAGCAACCGCGACCUCGACAAGCUCGACGGCCUCGUGCCCUUCGCCGAGGUCGUCGAGGGCAUGGGCACCGUGCUGAGGCUGUACGGCGGCUACGGGGAGGCGCCUCCCCGCGGCAGGGGGCCGAACCAGACGCGGAUCCAGCUGGAGGGGAACUCCUACCUGGUGAGGGAGUUCCCGCUGCUCUCCUACGUGGAGGCGGUGCUGGUGGGCGGCCCGGGCGCGGGCGCGGCCGGCCUGGCCGGGCGAGAGGAGGAGAGGCUGGCCGAGGCGAGAAUGUUGCCCGUGAGGGUGAUGCUGCCCGUGCUCCUGGUCAUCAUGGCCGCGUGCUCGACGGUACUCCUGAAGGUCUAUUGGCGCAUGCGCGACAGCAUGUUCGACGGAGAGGCAGAACACUGCCAGGGCCGCCGCAAGCGGGGCUUCGAGCCGCUUCCUCGGGUGCUGGGGAGCUUGCGGGAGGAGGAGGGGCCCGCGGAGUGA